GUGUCAUUGAAUUUCAAUUUUGGGAUUUUCAACAGACAUCGGGGGCAUCGGGAAAGCCCCCCUUCUAUGGUAUUUCCAAAUUUAGAUGGACGGAGGACCUUGAAUUUUCUUUUUCAUAAACAAACAUGGUGCUUUUGAAUAUUGGUCUCAUUCAACUCCAUGUCGAAACCAAGAGUCAUCACCAUUGGGAUAAGUGGCCCAUCCUGUUCUGGUAAAACAACGUUAGCCUUGGCCUUACAGACAUUACUACCUCAGACUAGAGUCAUUCAUCAAGACGAUUUCUUCAAGCCAGAUGACCAAAUUCCUGUGGAUGAAGUGACAGGUCUAGCCAACUGGGACUCUCCUCAGGCCCUUGACUUUGACAAGUUGAAUCAAGACAUUAUGCAAGCCAGACUCGACCCUGUCGGUUACUUUACGAAAAAAGCCCAAGCCGAAAAACCAAAAACAAUGCAAAACAAUCACGAUGGAUCAGACACUCUUUCAUCAGAUGAUCUCGAGCAGCUGUCUACCCGUGCAUCGUUGACAGAAUGGAACCACUCUACCUUAUUUAUCAUUGUGGAAGGCUUUUUACUUUUCUGCGAUCCAAACGUAUCCUCUAAUUUAGACAUCAAGUUCUUUACUAUGGCCUCUAAAGAAGUGUUGAAGAAAAGACGUGAGAGUAGACAAGGGUAUGUGACCUUGCAAGGCUAUUGGGUGGAUCCUCCUGAUUACUUUGAUCAAGUGGUCUGGCCACAGUUUAUUCAAUGGCAACAUCAUUUAUUGACAGAGCAAGAAAAAAAAGCCUAUGGUGUUUCCAUGAGCGUGCGUCCGUCGGAUUCGCUGCUAGACAAAAACGAUUUGUAUCGAUUCAAUACGGAUAUUGAAUCCAUUAAAGAUAUUGUAGCCCACUCUUUAGACAUAAUAAAGCAAUGGAUGGGGGUAGAGCCUAUAUAAAGUGUGGAGAUGAGAUACACUAUUUUCACAAAUGAUUGGCGCGCAUUUGAGAAAUAAAAUGGCACACAUUUGAGACAAAACUU